AGCAUAGAGUCCGAAGAUACCAACAGAACGCAGGCACAAACAGCGGUCCGUGGGUGUAAGGCGAGGUCAAAUCCCCUCUCAUCGGUCACGAUGCAGUUCCUCUCUUACACCGCUGUUCUCUUUGCCGUCAUGGGCUUCGUCGCUGCCAACCCCGCGCCGGCCCCUACGCCUAUCGCCCUCGGGCCGACGAUCACCGUCCACUUCGGCCCCGACGCCACAUGCGGCUGCAACUGCGGCGGCGCAACCGCGGUUCCGAAGGCCGUCUUUAUCGUCCCUCUCACCGGCGCAGCCCCGGCCGUUACGCCCACUUGCAGUGCCACCUGCUCCUGCCAAGUACAUCACAGAUCGCUGCACAUCACGGUUGCUGGGAUUGGAGUUCUGUGGAGGAUACUGGUCCAAUGGUCUCCAUGCUUCCAAUAUCUAGGAGACUCCGAAGCAAGAUGUUGGUGAUAACCCGCCCACAAUUCUUGCCUUGAUAUCCCAGAGUUACGUUCACGAGGUCCAUAGAUAUUGUUCCAUGAGCACAUCCAAGCCUGAUGAGCUUGACUGGUUGACAUGAUGUUCUGCCAAUCUAAGGUCCAUUGUCAAGCACGGCAAGACAACGGCCUGCCUGCCGUUUCGAGGGUCUGCGUAACAGAUAAUAUGCGAUCUUAGGUAUUUCCCGAAGCCGGGAAGGGGUCACCAGUCUCCCGUGCGGAACUGCGUCGGAUGAAGGAUGGACGUCCAUACGAUCGAGACCAGAGACCAUGUAGGGCCAC